AUGGACGACAAGUCACCGCCCGUGAGCAGCCGAACCGCCGACGGAGACCCUCCAAAGCGACCGGUCCCGGUGCCUGGCCUGUCGUCUGACGCAGCUCCGAGGCCGAAGCGUGGCAAGUACACCUCUGUUGCAUGCAACGAGUGCAAGAAGAAGAAGCUCAAGUGCAUCCCCGUCAACGGCUCGAGCUGUGAGCGGUGCCUGGCCGGCGGCGUCACCUGCGUCUUUGCCGCCGUCACACCGCAGAGCAGCAGGAAAAAGGAUGAGAGCAGCCAGCAGAUGCAGGCCCUGGGCGACGAGCUGGCCCGGUUGCGACAGCAAGUCACCCAUCUCAGCCGCGCCGUCGACGAGCUCAAGCACCAGUCGCCGGGCCCUCGCGCCGGCCCGUUGGACGCCGCCGCGGCGGCUCGGUCGCCUUCCGCCGUCUCCAAGGACCAUGUGCCCAAGCAUCCGCAGUUUGUCGGGCCUACCCGGCCGUCCUACGGGCUCGUCAUUGCCGAACGAUCCCUCACGCGCAUGGGCAUACCCGCCUCCCCGUCGCCGUCUCCGAGCCGUGCUCCGUCCCCGGCUGAGCCCGAGCAGGCCGAGGCGACCGACGGCGAGUUCUGGGCCAGCUGCCCCCCCGACGAGAUGGCGAGGCUGCUGGCCGUCUACGAGGAGGAGGUGGAAUCCGUCUACCCCUUCAUAGCCAUUGCCGAGCUGGCAUCCAGGUCGGAGCAGGUUCUGCGCGCCAUCCGCGACCCCCGACUCCUCCAUCAGACGCCCGCCGCCGACGCCCACGAGCCGCCCCUGACCGUGACGGACGUCAGGCUGGCCAAGCUUGCCGUGGCCACGGCCAUUGCCAUAGAGGCCCACGGCAAGAACGGCCUCUGCGCCGCCAUUGCCGACGACGACGAGCUGCUGGCGUGGCGGACGAUUGGCGUUGCGGCCCGCGAAGCCCUCGAGAUGGGCCUGCACCGGCGCAGGAGCCUCCACGACAACUUUGCCGAUGCGCAGUCGCGCCACGCCGCGCUCAGGGUCUUUUGGUGCUGCUACGUCCUGGACCGUCGAUGGAGCUUCGGCACGAGCCUCUCGUUUGCCCUCGCCGACAGGGACAUUGACCCAGCGCUGCUGGAGCCGGACAUCGACUCGCCCUACCUCAAGUGCAUGGUCGGGUACGCGCGCCUGUGCUCCAAGCUGUGGGACGCGAUCCCGCCGUUUGGCGCGCCGUGCCAGUCGAUCCCGGCGGACGUGGCGCAUGCGCUGGACUCGAGCACGCAGGCGUGGCUCGAGUCGAUCCCGCCUCACCUCCAGAUGCGGCAUCCACGGGUCUUCUACUCGACCAGGUCGCAGCCCCGGGUCCUGCACCGGCUGCGCGCCUUUCUGUACCUCCGGGGCAACCUGACGCGCAUCUCCAUCUACCAGCACCACCUGCUGAGCGCGGCCGCCAUCGAGGCCGACCUGGCGCGGGCCAAGGUGGCCGUCGAGCUGGCGCAGGACACGGUCCAGGUCCUGGUCCACCUCAACGCCACGUCGGACAUUUACUCGAGGCAGCAAACCGCCUUCAACUACUUCCUCCUCAGCGCCUUUGCCGUCAUCUCCCUGGCCAUCUGCCACGCGCCCAGCACCUUUGCCGCGGGGUGCGCGCAGAGCUUCAUCGACGCCGUCGGGCUCGUGCGCGGCUUCAGCCGGCACAGCAUCGCCAGCCACCGGCUGUGGAAGAGCAUCCGGGGCCUGCUGCCGCGCCUCAAGAGCCUGGGCCUGCAGGACUGCGAUGACGGCGGCGACCACCCGAGCCCGGCGGCGGCGGCACGCGGCCACAGCCCGGGCCAGCCGCAGCAGCAGCCGGCGAGCACGGGCAUGAGCAUGAGCGCAAGCGCAAACAACGACGGGCAAUCCUACCUCCGCGGCCGCCGGUCCCUCGGCCGGCCCGACGACGACAUGUGGGCGGCGGGGGCCGAGAUUCCCGACAUGGCCGGGCUGAACAGCGACAUCCUGACUCUCUUCGACACGCUCGGCCAGGGGACGCCGCACCAGGACGACUUCGACGCGGGCUUCUACGGCGCCCUCGACGUCGACUUGGCCAACGCGGACGGGCUAAACAUUUCGCGCCGCUUCCUGCAGGGGCUCAUGUAG